GUGCUUUAAAAAUUAUAAUAAUUUUGGGAUUACUGUGUAUUUAUCGACGUGUGCGUGUUUAACAAGGUUGCCAGUUGAUUGUUAUACAAAUGGCAAAAUGCAAAUACGAUAAAAGAAGUGCAGAUCGUUACCGGCGGUUUGCGUGCGGACGCGCAAUGUACAGCGCAUGCGCUAGCAUGCAAAUUGGUACCAGUUUUAAAACAUGGAGGGUCAGUCUGGUCAAGACUACCUGCAAUCAAAAAAGGAAAUAAUGACAGAUGCUGAUUUGCACAAUGAUGAAACCUUUGGAUUGGAAGCAGAUACUGAAUUGAAUGAUGACUGGGAAAUGAAGCAUGAGCAUCUUGCAAAAUUGCUUGAAAUUGAACAUGAAAAAGUUAAAAAGUCAUCACCACUGCGAAUUGAAUCAAAAAGUGUUGACAUUCCAACAAGUUUUCAUUCUUUGCACGACUCCUUAAAUGGGACAAAGUCUGAAAAUUCAUCAGAUGAGGAGGAGAUUAUUGUUGGAAAUACAAUAUCACAAUUGGGCCUAGACGAUGAAACUGAUGAUAUGGUGAAAUCAAAUACUCCUUCUCAUAGUUUUGAAUUUCAAGAAAGUAAGGAGUCAUGGACAUCACCUUCACGAGGCAAGGAUCAUCGACCUGACUCCUUACAUGAGCUUAUCUCUCCUGGUGAAGGAGUCUGGGCUUCCCCAUCUAGAGCGAUGCUGCGAAGUAGUGAUCAUGUUGUGCCUGAUAUUGAUUUUAAAAAGAAAGAGGAUGAAGAUAUCAUUAAAAAGUUAUUUGGUGGUCAUGACAUUGUUACAGCUGGUAAAGGUGGCACAACGCCAAGCAAUCAUGCAAUUCGUGUUGAGGAUCUCGAAAGAGGAUUACGCAAUGAUGGAGAACAACCUGAAGCAGUGUUACGAAGACCUACACCACCACUUAUGCCUAUUCCACAAGAAGGAAUGACACCACUGCAUCAGUUAAUACCUAUACCUCCAGGAAUUAUGGGUCCAGUAAUGCCUCCUAGACUUCCAGCAGAUUUGAAGGUUUCUCCGCUGUUGCUCAUGAACAGGCAUAUCAUGCAAAUGGGCGGGUUGCCUGGAUUACCACCACUAUACCCGCCAUUAUUGACACCACAAAUGAUGAUGAUGCGGCCUCCACUUUUUUCACAUGAUCACCGACGGGGAACUCCCCGUGGCAGAAGUCCAUGGAAUUCAAACCGAGGUCGUGGUUCAUCAAGAUACAAUAACAAUGACAAAACAUGGCAUAGAUCUCCAAAACAAGAAGGUCAUGACUCCUCUUAUCAUGAUCAGUUCAUCCAUAUGGAAUCUUCUAAAAUGAUGAAUGCAAAAGAGAAGGAAUGGAUAUUUAAGAUUAGUUUAAUGAGCCUUCUCAGUGGUGAUCCAAACAUUUCAGAUUAUUAUUUCAUAUCUUACAUGAACAAAAAGCUUUUAAAACAAGCAACAGAAGGUAAUAAAGAAGAAAACGAGGAAGAAGAUGUUAGCGAGAACUUGGAGAAAACUAAGCAGUUGAUGAAUUAUGCUCAGAAGCAACAACAGUCUAAAGACAGUCAUAGGCCAGUCAAGUUCGAAGGUUCUCUUGGUAAACUGUCUAUCACUUCUGUUCACCAUCCAAGACAAAUAAUGGAUUUUUCUACACCAGAACAAGAAAAGACUCAGUCUCGCAUACCGGAAAGUGGAAAGAAGAAGUUUGUGAUGUAUGGUUUGAUUGAAAACAUUUAUGAUAUAUUUCUUUCUCUUACUGAUGUUGAAAGACGUUUGCUUGAUUCAAAUGCAGAGCAGCAGGAAGCUAUUUUACAGGAACGAACAGCUAAAAUUGAUAAAAUAUUUAGUAUGUUAAAAAUCCAGCUGCACACAUCACCGGAACCAAGUGACACUGACCACUUUCUUCACUUAAUGUCGAUAACAAAGUCAAGAAAACUCAUACCGAGAAUUAUUCUCUACUUAAAACAGGAACAAUCCGAAUCCUUACUGAUCUCAAUUAUCCAUGUUCUGCCAGCACUACUGAAGAAAGAUAAUAAGGAGCAGGCUCUACUUCCCACCGUCGAUAAAAUAAAAAUUAUACUGAAGAAAAGUUCUGAAGACUUUAAGCUAAAAUGUGUUAAAAUGCUCAGAAAGGUUAAUCUAAAGACUAUGUUGUCUUAUAAAAUGAGCAUUCGGCUGUUAAGUACUGUGCUUGACUCCCUGAUACAGAAAGAUUCAUCGCAAAGUCUGGAAUGGUCAUUUUACGAAACAGAAGUUCCAAAGGUUUUGAUGGAUUUGUCUGAAGACGCAUCAAGCAGAAAUGAAGGAGAGCUUAACCGCCUAAAAAGAGUUCUCAAUGUGAAAGACCUAUUGAUUAACAUUUAGCAAAUACCAUAAGGAGAUCAAUUUAGUUUUUCAGCGUUAUGACUGCAAUUUAGUUUCUCGUGUUAUGAUAAAAUGGCCGAAAUUAUUUAUGGCAUUUAUAUGUGUUAGCCGAAAAUUUUCCAACCUAAUUUUUCAGUACUUUUGUGGUUGUUGUUUUCUAGUGUUGUUGCUUGUUGUUGUUUGUUGUUUUAUAUAUUGUUUUAUAUAUUACUCGUCUUUUAUCCAAUCUUAUGUUGUGUUCGAAAUUGAUUUUUUUUACGGAUGUAAUUUAAAUUAUAUAAUUGUUGUUGUUUUUUAAAUCAAAAUUUUUCAUGCUUAAAUGCAGAAUAGCAUUUGAUUAGGUAGAAUUAGCUGCAAAUUUUAAUCUGAUAUGAAAAGUCUGAAUUUCUAUAAAAACCGGACGUUUAGCGUUUGAAAUGUUCUUUGCAUUUCCUGAUAGUUAUGUGAAUUUCUCAUAUAUUCUAUUUAAUGUCUACAUUUUACUUCAUUUUUAAGAGAAAUAGUUGUAUCCAAUUUAACGGCAACAUUUGUUAAGCCACACGGUUACUAUAGUUACCCGAGCGAUAUUUUUUAUGCUCCUGCACUAGAUUUUUUUUAUUAUUUAAUUAUUUCAUUUGAGUUUGUUAAAAAACUCGUAUCUAAAGAAGAUUAAAGCAACUUAAA